CCCCACUGCCCGUCACUCACCGUCGGUCGGGUGUAGUGGGCUCAACCAGCUCCUCGCUGGGGGCUCCUCACUGAGUUCCUCUUCCUCACCAUCGUCGUACCACGGCUGUGUGUUGUUGUUGUUUUUUUUUUUUUUUUAUUUCAUUAUAUUUUAUACAAUUUUUAAAAUAAAAAAAAAAAAAAUUUUUCGCACACUGUCACAUUAACAGUGCUGGAUGGACUGCUUUUAUUCAACUGACUAGUGACUACAACAAACCCAUACCAGUCACUUUGCAAUAAACGACAAAAUAUAUACUCAAAUUUAUACUCAAGAGAGUGAUACAACGAACUCGAGAACUUACGGAUAAAAAAAAAAAUAAAAUAAAUUUGUUUUUAUUACAAUAAGUAAUAACAACUUGAAGCAGUUUUAACGAGUUUCUAGGCCCCGUUUAUCAGGGCCUGGAUUUGUGUAAAUUAAAUAAAAUAAAUAAUAAUAUUGAGUGAGUGAAAUAAUGGCACUGUGGGCCAAAGCACAACAGUUGCCUCCAGAGGCACUGGAACAGGUACGAACAAUGUAUGGUGAACAUUUUCCCAUUGAAGUACGUCAUUUUUUAUCAUGCUGGAUUGAGGAAAAAAUGUGGACGGAAUUGGAUCCAGAUAGUCCUCAAUAUGAACAUUACAUAUCAAAUUUAGUUAAUGCAUUGAUACAAGAAUUAGAAACAAAAGCAGCAUCAAUAACAACUGAUGAUUUGUUUUGUUCAAAAAUAAAAUUGCUAGAUGCUGCAAAAUUAUUUAAAACAAAAUACAGUCAUUCUCCAUCAACGUUAUACAGAAUAUUGCAUCAUUGUUUAUCAAAUGAAGUGAAAUUAGUUUCACAAGUUGAAGGUACAAAUGGUAGUUCACAAAAUAUGCCAAAUGCACGUGUUGGUUUAAUGAUUGGAGAUGCAGCAGGUGAAAUAGUACAACAAGUCGAUGCAUUACGUCAACGAACAAAUGAAACAGGUGAAGAUUUACAACAUAUGUCACAAGAACAAGAAGCAUUUGCAUUAACUUAUCAUGAAUGUACAAAAAUAAAUGCACAUUUAAAUCAAUUAGCAACUCAUCCACAAAGUCAACAAAAUUUAGAAAGUGAACAAAAAUUACUUCGUCAAAAAGAACAUCAAGAUCAAAUAUUAAAACAUCAAGUUGCAACAUUAUUACAAUUAAGAAUGUCAAUAAUUGAUAAAUUAAAAGAUACAUUAGCAAGAUUAACAGUAUUACAAUCACGUGUACUUGAUGAAGAACUUAUUAAAUGGAAACGUGAUCAACAAUUAUCUGGUAAUGGUGCACCAUUUAUUUCACAACUUGAUGUUAUACAAGAAUGGUGUGAAAGUUUGGCUGAAUUAAUAUGGCUUAAUCGUCAUCAAAUAAAAGAAGUUGAAAGAUUAAAAUUAAAAUUUCCAUUUGAAUCACCAAAUGUACCAGAUUUAUUACCUGGUCUAAAUUCAUCAAUAACACAAUUAUUAAGUUCACUUGUAACAAGUACAUUUAUCAUUGAAAAACAACCACCACAAGUUAUGAAAACAAAUACUAGAUUUACAAGUACAGUACGUUUAUUAGUUGGUGGUAAAUUAAAUGUACACAUGUCACCACCACAAGUUAAAGUUAGUAUUAUAAGUGAAGCACAAGCAAAUGCAUUAUUAAAAAGUGAUAAACUAACUAAAAAUAGUGAAGCUAGUGGUGAAAUAUUAAAUAAUUCUGGUACAAUGGAAUAUCAUCAGGGUUCACGUCAGCUAGCUGUUAGUUUUAGAAAUAUGCAAUUAAAAAAAAUUAAACGUGCUGAAAAAAAAGGUACUGAAUCAGUUAUGGAUGAAAAAUUUUCAUUAUUUUUUUCAUCAUCAUUUAGUAUUGGUGGUGGUGAACUUGUAUUUCAAGUAUGGACAUUAAGUUUACCAGUUGUUGUUAUUGUACAUGGUAAUCAAGAACCACAUGCAUGGGCAACUGUAACAUGGGAUAAUGCAUUUGCUGAACCUGGUAGAGUACCAUUUGUUGUACCAGAUAAAGUAUCAUGGCAAAAUGUUGCUGAGGCACUUAAUGUUAAAUUUCGUUCAGCAACUGGACGUUUAUUAUUAGAUGAUAAUAUUAACUUUUUAGCUGAAAAAGCAUUUAGAGGUGGUUGUAAUAAUACACAAAAUGAACAACAAGAUUAUACAAAUGGUAUGCUUAGUUGGGCACAAUUUUGUAAAGAACCAUUACCAGAAAGAAAUUUUACAUUUUGGGAAUGGUUUUAUGCUGUUAUGAAAUUAACUAGAGAACAUUUACGUGGUCCAUGGAUGGAUGGUUAUAUACUUGGUUUUGUUAGAAAAAAACAAGCUGAAGAAAUGCUUACAAAUUGUACACCUGGUACAUUUCUCAUGAGAUUUUCUGAUUCAGAACUUGGUGGAGUUACAAUUGCAUGGGUUGGAGAACAAAAUGAAGUAUUUAUGCUUCAACCAUUUACAAGUAAAGAUUUUGCAAUACGUAGUCUUGCUGAUCGUAUUUCUGAUCUUCCACAUUUAACAUUUUUAUAUCCAGAAAUAUCAAAAAGUAUAGCAUUUGGAAAAUAUUAUACACCAUUCAAUGAAAGUCAACCAACAUCAAAUAAUGGAUAUGUUAAACCAUUACUUGUAACACAUGUACCUGGUUGGGGUGGACCUGGUAGUAGUGGUGGACAAACACCUUCACAUUCAUCAAUUGUUAGUUGUGGUGGUGGACAAGGUGGACCAGGUAGCAGUUAUCCAACUACACCUGCAGCAAUGUAUCAAGCAAAUAGUCCAGAUCCAUCAGUAACACGUGAUACACCAUCAGUUGCAUCAAGCUAUGCACCGGGUCUUGGUCACUCAAAUGUCAGUCAACAAAGUGAAAUGGACUACUAUCCUGACAUGCCAAUUGACAACAACCUCAACUUUGAUCCACUCAGUAAUUUUGGAUUUCCUGACAUGAUGGCUGGUUAUCCUAAAACUCAAUAAUAGGUAUGUCACACAUGAUAACUCUCAAUAGUUCAGUUGUCAUUUAUUUUUAUUUUUUUUUCUCUUUUUUUUAAAAAAAUUUUCGUUAUUGAUAUUAUCCUUUUUUUUUGGCAUUUUUUUUUCAUUUUCUAUUUUUAUUUUUUUAAAAUAAUGUUAUCAUGAAUCAUGAUAUAAAUUGUUGAAUUUAAAAUAAUUAAAAUCAAUACAUUGAUUAUUGUAUACGGCUGGAGUUUACGUCAAUGUUAGAAAUUUAAGAAUAAUAAAAAAAAAAAAAAAACGAAUUUUAAAAUGUUAAUUGAUGUAUACUAUAAUUGUCAAUAAUAUCAAUAAUAUUGUAAUAACACGAUCACAAAGAUUAAAUUUUUUAUUAACUCUUAAAACAAUUGUAAAAUUUGGUGCUUUUUUAUUUUUUUUUUUUAAAUAGUUUUUAUUGAUAAAAACUAUCUUAAAAAGCAUUUAUUUUUUUAUUUUUAAUUUUUUUAUUCAAUUUAUGGUAUUGAUUACUGUUUAAUAAGCCAUUUUUUUUCUUUUUUUACUAUUUUAAAUUUACUUUGUGAUCGACAGUAAUUGUCUUAAACUUUUUUCUUAUUUCAUUUUAAAAUAAAUAUUAUUAUUCGGCUGGUGAAUGAAUGGUUAAACAAUUAUGUAAUAUUUUGUCAUGAAAAAUAUAUUUCUUAAUAAUAAUAAUAUUAUAAAUAAUAAGAAUAAUAAUGUUUUGUUAACGUAACAAUACGUUAACUGUUGUUUCCAAAGUGUAGAUACAGCCUAUAAUGUAAUAAUAAUAAUUAUUGUAUUAAUUGUGUGUUUAAAUAUGAUGCGUUUGUUUGUUUUGUUUUAUUAUUAUUUUUUUUUUUUAUAUUUUUCGUUAUUGUUUCUUCACCAAUGUUUAAAUCCUCUUUUUAUUCACCAAAACGAGCCAUUUUUUAGUACGUAAAUCAUUACUUAAAUAAAAUAUUAUUAUAGUUUUUAUUUUCUAAAGUUAAGAAGAAGAAAAAUCUUUAUGAAAAAUGAAAAAAAAAAAAAAGUUUUUUAUGCAUUUUAAGUAUGUUUUUUUUUUUGUAUCAGUUGAAUAUUAUUAUAAUAUAUUCUUAGUAAAUUUGAUAGUAAUAUUUACUAAGGGUAAUAAUAAUAUUAAAAAAUAAACACACAAAGUUAAUAAUUUUAAAAAAAGGCAAAAUUUUUUAUUCGAUGUAAAACCAUGUGCCUUAAGCUAAAAACGAUGUUAAAAUAAGAAAAAAAAAAAAAUAAAUAAAACAUCAUUUUGUGAUAAUAAUACGGAAAAAAGCUUUUAAAUAAAAGUAUAAAGAAAUUUAAAAAAAAAAAACAAUUAUUUAAAACAAUGUUGUGAACUAGCCAUCACUUGUAGAUAUAAAUU